ACGGCUAAGAUGUAGCGUGAGCAAAGUUGGCGGAGGCAAAUAAGGAGCGUGGAAUAAAAGAAAGAGUCGAGUCCACAUGGGCGGCCAUAACGCUUGUGUCCUACCUUUGUCUCCUUGCCUCAUUCUUGCCUUUCAUGCUCCCGACAACUUCUAUCUCUCUUCUUUUAAACCUAACUUCUAUGCAUCUUCACCCUCCUUUUAUAUAUCUAUCUCCUCUUUCCUCUAAGUCCAUCAUCAACCAGAUUCACCAACAAGAACAAAAAGAAAAAGAAAAACAAGAACAAGAAGAAAAACAAGAACAAGAAAAGGAUAUUACACAAGAACAUAGAGAGAGAUAUUUCUUAAUCAUAAAAAGCAAUGGCUUACGAGAAAGUUAAUGAGCUUAACCUUAAGGAUACAGAGCUUCGUCUUGGACUACCCGGAACAGAACAAGUUAAAGAAGAACAAGAAGUUUCUUGCGUUAGAAGCAACAAGCGUCAACUACAAAGCGAUAUCGAGGAAGAAUCAACACCUCCUACGAAAACUCAAAUCGUUGGUUGGCCUCCAGUGAGAUCUUACCGCAAGAACAACAACAGUGUGAGCUAUGUGAAAGUGAGUAUGGACGGAGCUCCAUACCUCCGUAAAAUUGAUCUCAAAAUAUACAAAAACUAUACAGAGCUUCUCAAGGCGUUAGAGAUCAUGUUCAAGUUCACGAUAGGUGAAUACAGCGAAAGAGAAGGAUACAAAGGAUCUGGAGUUGUACCAACGUACGAAGAUAAAGAUGGAGACUGGAUGUUGGUUGGUGAUGUCCCAUGGGAUAUGUUCUCUUCUUCUUGUAAGAGACUCAGAAUCAUGAAAGGACCCGAUGCUCUUGCUUUAGACUCUGCUAUAUGAUGAUGAAGAUGACAUUUCGAUGAGAUUUGGAUGAAUGAAAUCCUUUUUGAUUUGGCUCUGAUCGGUGUUUGAGUAGUUGACCACACCAAAAACAAAACAGUUGACGGUUUUGUCCAACGGGAUAAGAUCCAUCUCCAAGUGAUUUUCUUUUUCUUUUUGUUUGGUUUUAGAUUUGAAGGAGUUUGAUGUAAAGAUACAUGAAAGUUUAUGUAUAAUACGGACAUAUACACAAUAUAUAUGCAUAUGUAGCAGUUUCUUGAGGAAAUACAGUUUUGAAUUUCAUAAUAAUUAAUGCCCAAAAUAAUUU